UAGCUAGGUUCCCAUGGUCCGCCGCCAUCUCGCGUCCCCCGUCUUGCCGUUCCCGGAGCCCGCGCCGCCGCUGGAAAACGACGAUCUCCUCUACGAGAUCCUGCUCCUCCUGCCUCCGCAGCCGUCCUCCCUCAUCCGCGCCUCCGUCGUCUGCAAGCGCUGGCGCCGCCUUGUCUCCGACCCCGGCUUCCUCCGCCGCUUCCGCGCGCACCACCGGAAGCCCCCGCUCCUUGGCUUAUUGUCCUCCGAUGGAGCUGACAUUUAUCCCUUCAUCCCAAGGCUGAACCGGCCCGACCGCAUCCCGGCCGCGCGGUUCUCCCUGCCGCAGCGCUGCCGCCGCGAGAUCUUGCAACUCGUGGAAUGCCGCCACGGCCUCGCCCUUUUCCUCAACCAGAGACGCCCCGAGGCCAUCGUGUGGAACCCCAUCUCUGGUCACCAUCGCCGAGUAGCUUUUCCACCACAGUUUGGCGACGCUGCAGAGAAGGACAUCCUUUCCGUGGCGGUGCUCUGCGCUGCCGGCGACGACGACAAUGGCCAUGUGCACGGUGACUGCAACCUCAACUCUUUUAGAUUGGCCUUGGUGCCCCGUUGCAAACACAGCUGCAUACCUUCACUCGCUUGCCUCUACGAGUCCAAGUCUGGCGAAUGGGGAAAUGUUAUCUCAACAACGCCCACCAACAGGACUUUAGUUUGGAGAAAGCCGAGCGUCCUUGUCGGGAAUGCGCUUUGCUGGUUCAUCCGUGGAAAGCUUGAAGGUGGCAUCCUUGGGUUUGAUUUUGAAAUGCAGAAGCUUGUUGUGAUUGAUAAGCCAGGAGACCCCCGGCUUGCCCAUUGUUCCAGUUCCUGCCUCCAAAUCAUCCGGACAGAGGAAGGUAAUCUGGGGCUCCUCAUUUACACUGGAUUCGGCCUGCGGUUAUGGGAACAUAAGGUCAGUUAUGAUGAUGUUGCUACAUGGGUCCUUCAGAAAACCAUUGAUCUGCUCGAGCGCCUUCUGCCCGUUCAACUCCAAUGGAGUUGCAUACUCGGGUACGAUGAGGAUCACAAUGUGAUAUAUCUGUGGGCACCUAAUGCUGAUGAUUCUUUCACGAUCCAACUCGACUCAAUACAGUUCGGUGACUGUUUUCGAACCAAUUUCGACGCCACUCUAUCACAAAAAAGAGAAAUUGUCUACACCACCUCUGUUCCAUACAGAAGUUUUUAUACUGCAGACUGGGCAAUUGGUGGCAGAGAUGAUGGACCUGAAAUUUCAGGCAGUACAUGGCCGGAUUGUCCUAUUAGAUAAGGUACCAUCGAUUUGUUUAUUGAACAGGUGGUGUGAAUUUAGCUUCUGCCACAUGUUCAUUUAUUUUUACCAUGUCAACAUUUUGAAAUAAUCGUGUAAACUAUGUAUCCUCUAAAUGUCUCCAGUAGAUUGGGAUCACGAUUCCUAUCGGCAGUAAAACAAACUGCAUAGUGUGUAUUUUAUUGGGUGUAAACAUUUGUGUUUCCUCUUCCGCUUUUGUAUUCCUUGUCAAGGUCCAAAUUCACAGAGAGAAUCUGGUAGUUCUCU